AUGCUUUCAUCCAUCAUUCUGCUGCUUCUUCAUGUCUUAUUGGCAAGUGGAACAACUAUCACAUUUCCAAACUCCAGCUCUGGGGAUAAAUUACGUGCGUGGAACACUCUCAUCAAGCUAGUCAAUGAUCCAAGUGUUUUGGAACAAUUGUAUUUCGAAAUAGCAGGCGUUGGGGAUGAAUUUGAAGAUUUUGAUGAUGUAGAUACUUACGACGACCCAAUAAAUCGAGUGGUGGGUGCUUUAAGCUUACAUGAUCCAGACAUGGCGGGCCUUUUUCCUUUACAUUUCGCAUUAGAACCGGGCUUCAGCUUGAAAACGUCAAACGACAACUACUUCAGGCUGAAUAACAAAAAAUUCAGCUCCCCUGAUGAUCUUUUCUACCUCAAAAGUGCUGACCUAGAAGCUCAAAAAGCUGUUGUGGAUAACGAAAUUUCGAGUCCGGGCGAAGCCAUCAUAGGUCACAACGCAAACGCACCUCUGAUCCAAUUCUACGGUUGCGAUCGCGUUUCAAGCUGGGAGUCUUUCAAUCGAAACUUGUUUACAGAGUCUCGUGCAGGAAAAAUUAGAUUUGUAUGGAGAAGUACUUGUCCAAAUGACUUGCCAUUUCAAUUCGUGCCUUCCGCGGUUGCCCUUACUGUCAAAAAAUCGCAUUGGGGCGAGUCCCUCAGUUUCUCACCGGAACUUCCUGUGGAGUUUCAUUCUGACAAUCUCAAUACUCAGCAAGUAAGUGGAGGCCAAUUGAGCGACCUCGAUAUGAAGGUGAGCACUCUCAUUUGUGAUCUCUAUGAACAAAAUAAAGACUUCGCCAAAACCUUGACCUACAUGAAACAGAUCGUCAACAGCUUUCCCGCUCUGGCGCAUGAAUUGACAAAAUUGCCUUCGAGUAAGAGAAGGAUCGUCGAAGCUUUAGACAAAACCACAGAGAAUGGCAUAGAUCAUACUAUGCUUGGAUUCUAUGUGAAUGGUCAGUAUCAUAAGCUAUCAAGUUUAGAUAAGGGUUCCGUUGCUCAAGUUGUUACCGCGGAGUUAACGCGAAUCAAUCUUCUGAGGAAUGUUUUGCAAAAGUACGCAGGUGUUGACGAUGCAGAAUCCACUGUUCUUGCUAAAAAACUGGUCCAAGCAUUUUCCUCACGCUCGCUGAGCACUCUUCAGAACUCACAGCCUGUGAAAUAUGAUCUACAUCGGAUCUCUGGAUUUUCGGAAAGUGUCAUUUACUUCAAUGACAUCGAGAACGAUCCGGAAUAUAAAGGGAAGCUGACAGACGACAUCGGUGAGUUUUUCAAGCAAUCUGAAUUCGGACAAAUACCGGCCUACAGAGAGAACUGGAAUGAGGUUAUAUUUGUUAUCAAUCUUUCGGGAUUGGAGUCAAAGGAUUCUAUGGAGGCUCUGCAGGGACUCAUUAGAGCAAUUGAUGUCGUGAAAAAUGGGCAUCCUCAAAGAAUUGGGUUUCUGCCAAUGAUCACGGAUCCUGAAGAUUACGGUAUACUUCGGAGAAUAUACGAGGUAAAAGACGAAAGCUUAAAUUUACUUCGCGGCUAUCUUAAAGAACUUUCCGUGGGCGCAGGGUUGAGGUCUAGUGCGUUUGAUGAAAUUCCUCCAGUCUUGGAUAUCUUAGGGUCUAAAUUGAAGCUGACCAACACAUCCAUCAUUGUCAAUGGAGAAAUCUACCCGUUCAAGAGCAACUUAUGGAAUUAUAUUAUAGCAAAAGUGCUAAAAAAAGAUGUGGCAUACAUAAAAGAUGAACUGCGUCGAAUCAAUGCUGCUGGGGUAUUGACAGCUAGAGAGAUACUGCAUAGAAGAUCUUUUACGGAACGAAAUCUCAAACUCGCACCGGACUACUUCGAAGAUGCGAUUUAUUUUGUUACCAACGUAACCGCGCUUAACUCGUUGGGCACAAGAAUGAUUGAACUCUCCAAAAGUGACGAUCACGACUUGUUGCAUACCAUCACGGUAGCCGAUGAUUUCGAUACCCCUGUGGGGCUGGAAAGACUACUCAACGCUUUGAAAAUUAAGCUACUUGGAGUGAGAAUAAGAGCUAUCCACCUCGGCAGAGAACUGAAACAAUGGAACAAGAUUCGGAAGUUAGUUGAGAGACUGGCAUAUGCCGAUAUCGAAAGAACCUUGUCGAAAAUGAAACCAAAGAAGGCAGCUAAUGUCAUUGAUCAUAAAAUUUUCAGUACUUGGAUUCUAGAGCUGCCAGUAGAAAAAUGUGCAAUGAGCUCAUUCCUUACAGUUAACGGAAAAUUUGUACAAUUUGAUUCGGACGAAAUUUUGACAUCAAGUGAGUACGAAAUGAUACUACAGCGCGAAGCACUGCGUGUACUUGAUACUGCUCAAUCUAUGCAAGAUGUUUUGCCGCGAACUUGGAACUUAGCCAUAGACUCAGACAUGAUGGAAAUGGUGUCGAGCAUUGUGACCAAAAUGUUCUACGAGGGACAACGGAUCUAUAACAAUGGAAUUGACUACACGGCUGAGGGCUCAAUAUCCAGAAUCAAUUUGGAUGAAUUCAUUGAUUUCACCGCUUACAAUUCUUUCCAACUUUCUCACGAGGAGAAGAAAGUUGACAUUACAUUGAUAAUUGAUACAUUGGAAGAACGCACUCAGAAGCUUUUAACUUUGAUAUCGGAUUAUGUGAAUUUGGAUUUCGUCAACCUCCGCCUUCAUCUUUUGCCAACUAAAGAUUUGAAGAUAUUUCCAAUCCAUAGAUUCUGGCUAGAAAACGAUUAUUCUCUUUCUGAGCUCGAAAAGGAGGGCGUCUACUAUAUUGAUGUGGACCGUCCGUCUUAUUGGCAUGUUGGCAACCUUGACGGGAACAACCUUGAAGGUGAGCAUACUACACUAGAAGUUAAUGCAUUUGCGGACACAUCAGUCCCUUCUAAAAGUCAAGUUGAAGGGCAAGGUAAUGUUUGCUUGCAACUUGUAAAUGAAGACAACACAAUAAUUGAUAAAACGAUGACGUCCAAAACUUUUGGGUAUGGUCAGCUCAGACUCAAAAAUCUGGGCACAAAAUUUCGGAUUGAGAGCUGCUCGCCCGACUUCGAGGUGACCUCCUUCUCGUUGGAUGCCCGUUCAAGCUACAUGCCUGUCAAUUCAUUCGAUUUUACAACCUUUUCGCCCUUGCGGGCUUAUGUCAAGCUAGCAAAUUUGAAAAAACCUGCGACUGUGAGCACAUCUCACUCUAAGGCUGCGAUCGAUAUUUUUUCAAUCAUUCAAGACCGCGAACAUGAAUCUAAAUUCAUGGGUCUAAUUGCCAGCAUUUUGAACUCCAAUGUAGAUAAGAACAUGAAAUUUUGGAUCUUGAUGGGGCAGCAACCUUCGGCAGACUUUUCGAGAUUUUUAGUCAGCGUUUCCAUGAAAUUUGCCAAAAGAAUAGAGCUUGAAUAUUUGAAAUACGAUUGGCCACGCUGGUUGCGGCCCCAGCGAUUCCGUGAGGAUGAACUUAUGGCUGCGAAGGUUUUAUUGUUAGACUUCUUAUUCCCUGAAACCGUUGACAAGAUAAUCUAUAUGGAUCCUGGCGCAAGAAUUCAGGAUAUUGAAGGUCUGUGGUCAUACAAAUUUGAUAAUGUCUUCUGCUUACCUCGCGCAUACCAUUCACUCGGAACACCUUAUUGGAAAGAGGGAUAUUGGCAGAAUUUUUUGAGCAAACACAAUCUAAAGUUCCAUGCAAUAGGCCCGGCAUUUGUUGUUAACUUGGCCAAAUACAGAAAUGACCAUACAGGGGAAAAAUUCCGGAUCCACUACCAGCGUCUAUCGGCUGGCAUCAACUUUUUGGCAAAGGUUGACCAGGACUUGGUUAACGAUAUGCAACUAAGCGUUCCACUGUCCACAUUGAGAAAGAGCAUGGUGGCUCAAAAAGUGUCACCACAAGACUCGGAUAAAAAAAUCAUCGAAGAUCUUAUCAAACAAAUCUCGAGCGAUUCAACAGAGUCACCAAAAAUUGAGGUGCCAGUCAUUCAUGAUGAGCUGUAG